UGCCCGCUCCGAGGCUACCUCUUUACAGUGGAUGCCGUCGUUGAAAUAGAGGGACGAGAUACGGUGGAGCGCAAUACCCGAAGCCAGAUAAAGCGGAGAGAAGCUCGCGCUGCAACGCAUUCGGAGGAUAAUAUGAGGAGGGACUCUUAAAAUCGGAAACCCAUGUUCACCUGGAAAGAAAAACGGGGGAAAAUCUAUUUGCUGGAAGUCACUGGAGCGAAGGGACAAUAACCCGAAAGGGACACAGAAAAGGAUAUUUCCCUUUCUCACCCAGUUAUGGAUAUAAUGUAGGGUACUGCCCGCACAUUGAAUCAUUUUGUGCAUUGAAAGAUUACUACUUCACUCUGCGGUCGCGAAAGGUUGGAAAUAAAUCUGCACAAAGAUUGGAUUUCCCUCCCGUUAUAACGGACGCACAGAUAACGAUCAAGAAAAGGAACAGAUGAAUGCUUAAGGAGGAAACGGUCACCAUGAAGACGAUGGCUUCGGACAGAGGUACAGGGAAGAGUGCGCUGAGCCCACUGCGGAAGCACGGGUCCUGGAAUAAGAGGGUGCUGCUGUUGCUCUACGUGGCGCUGGAGCUCAUCGCCGUCCACUCCUCCGCGGUCCUGGGAACCCUGGAGCUGCAGCUGGACGAGGAGCAGCCGGCGGGCACCAUCGUGGGGGACAUCAGCGCCGGCUUGCCCCCCGGCGUCACCGCCUCGGUUUUCUUCAUCUCGGACCACGAGGGCACCGGCGUGGGCAGCGACCUGCACAUCGACGAGACCACGGGCAUCAUCAAGACCGCCAAGGUCCUGGACCGGGAGGCGAGGGACCGCUACAACUUCAUCGCCGUCACCAUGACGGGGGUGACGGUGGAGGUGACCAUCACGGUGAACGACAUCAACGACCACGCGCCUACCUUCCCCAGGAAGAGGGCCACAUUCACGAUCCCGGAGCAGACGGCUGUCGGGACCAGGUUCUCCCUGGAUCCAGCCCCCGAUGCAGACAGAGACCAGCUGACCACUCAAGGCUACUUGAUCAAGGACGGAAACGUGGGCCAGGCUUUCCUCCUGGAGACCAGGAGGGGAAGCAACAAAGUGCUCUACCUGGAUUUGGUGGUCAACGCCAUCCUGGACAGAGAGACGAGGUCGUCCUACACCUUGCUCCUGGAGGCCUUUGACGGAGGCUCCCCCAAGAAGACUGGACAGAUGAUCCUGGACGUGACUGUUCAGGACGUCAAUGACAACGCCCCCGUCUUCAACCAGAGCCGCUACCACGCCACGAUCACUGAGAACCUGCAGCCCGGCAGCAACAUCCUGCAGGUGUUCGCUUCCGAUGCGGAUGAGGGGGCAAACGGGCUGGUGCUGUAUGAGAUUAACAGGAGACAGAGCGACCCAGAGCACUACUUCGUGAUUGAUCCCCGCUCAGGCGUCAUCACGCUCAACAAGCCCCUGGACUACGAGAUGAGGAGAGUCCAUGAGCUGGUGGUGCAGGCCCGGGACAACGCCAGCCACCCGGAGGUCACCAACGCCUUCGUCACCAUCCAGGUGCGCGACUACAACGACAACCAGCCCACCAUGACCAUCAUCUUCCUCAGCGAGGACGGCUCGCCCAGGAUCUCCGAGGGCGCACAGCCCGGCCAGUACGUGGCCCGGAUCUCCGUCACCGACCCGGACUACGGCGAGUACGCCAACGUGAACGUGUCCCUGGAGGGCGGGGACGGCAAGUUCGCCCUGACCACCAAGGACAACAUCAUCUACCUCAUCUGCGUGGACCAGAUCCUGGACCGCGAGGAGCGCGACUCGUACGAGCUGCACGUCAUGGCCACCGACUCCGGCACCCCGCCCCUCCGGGCCGAGUCCUCCUUCACCAUCCAGGUGACCGACGUCAACGACAACCCGCCGGCCUUCGACCAGCCGGAGUACCGCCAGACCAUCCCGGAGGUGGUGUACCCCGGGAGCUUCGUGCUCCAGGUCACAGCCCGGGACAAGGACCAGGGCCCCAACGGGGACAUUCGCUACAGCCUCCUGCGGGACCACGGGACUCACUCUGACUGGUUCGCCAUCGACCCCCAGACGGGGAUAAUCACCACAUCCUCGCAGCUGGAUUACGAGACGGACCCCAGGCCCAGCGUGACCGUGGUGGCCACGGACAGGGGGCGGCCUCCCCUUUCCUCCACGGCCGUGGUCAACGUCCUGUUGCAGGAUAUAAACGACAACGAGCCCGUUUUCGGGAGCAACUUCUACAACGUGACCAUCAAGGAGAACACGCCUGCCGGGACAUGCUUCCUAGAGGUGACGGCGACCGACGCGGACGGCGGCUCCUUCGGCAGCGUGAGCUACUCCAUGGGCUCGGGCGUGGGCGGCGCCCCGCCCUCCCAGUUCACCGUCGGCAGGGAGACGGGCCGGAUCUGCACGUCCGCGGCGCUGGACCGAGAACAGGGCGCCGCCAGCUACGACUUCACCGUCACGGCCGUGGACGGGGGCGGCCUGAACUCCGUGGCCUACGUGAAGGUCUACCUGCAGGACAUCAACGACAACGCGCCCAGCUUCUACCCGCUGCACUACGCCGUCAGCCUCAACGCCCAGAGCCCGCCGGGCACCUCCGUCGUCAGGGUGACGGCCUACGACCCCGACGUGGGGAAGAACGGCAGGGUGACGUAUCGCGUCGUUCCGGGGAGCGGCUCCUCCUACUUCACGCUGAACAAAGACACAGGCGUGGUCUCUCUGUCCCGCUCUCUCCACGGGAAGGCGAACUCCAUCAUCCCGCUGGUGAUCGCCGCCCAGGACGGGGGCGGGCUGGCGGCUCCGGCCAACGCCAGGGUCAACAUCAGCGUGGUGGCCGGCUCGGUGGCGCCCCCUGUGUUCGAGCAGGCGCAGUACUUCUUCACCGUGUCCGAGGACGUCCUGCGCGGAACCGAAGUGGGCGUGGUGCGGGCCGCCAGCAGGAGCGGGGCCUCUAAGGACAUCACCUACGCCAUCUACUCGGGCGACCCGGACGGCUACUUCACGGUGGACCCCGAAACGGGCGCCCUGCGGACCGGCCUGCCGCUGGACCACGAGGCGCGCCCCGCCCUGGAGCUGGAGGUGCAGGCGCGGUCCGGCUCGCCCCCGGCCUUCGGCAUGGCGCGGGUCCGAGUGACCGUGGCCGACGUCAACGACAACGCGCCCGCCUUCCUGCCCUCCUCCUCCGAGUCGCUGCUGCUGGCCGAGGCCACGGCGCUGGGCGCGGUGGUGUACCGGGUCCGGGCCGAGGACCGGGACUCGGGCGCCAACGGGCGGCUGAGCUUCGACCUGCUGCCGGACGGCGCCGGGCGACGCCCCUUCGCCGUGGACCGGGCCAGCGGGGAGGUGCGGCUGGUGGGCGCGCUCUCGUACGAGGCGGCCCCGCGCUACGACCUGCUGGUGACGGCGCGGGACGGCGGCGCGCCCCAGCUCAGCGCCACCUUCACGCUGGUGGUGCACGUGCAGGCGGAGGACCAGCAGGGCCCCGUCUUCGACGCGCUCACCUACAGGGUGGAGCUGCGGGAGGACACGCCCCUCAAUACCCGCUUCCUCCAGGUGAGGGCGCUGAGCCGCGAGGCCGGCGGGGGCGGGGCCGCGCCCUCGGGCCCGCUGGAGUACCACCUGCGGCCGGACGGGGACGCGGCGGGGUUCGGCGUCGCCGCGGACAGCGGCUGGCUGUUCGUGAGGAGCGCGCUGGACCGCGAGGCCAAGGACAUGUACCUGCUGACGGUGCUGGUGACGGCGGGGGCGGGGCCGCUCAAGCGGACCGGCAGCGCCACCGUCAGGGUGUCGGUGACGGACGUGAACGACAACGCGCCCCGCCUCUCGCAGGACCGCGCCUUCCUGGCGGUGCGGGAGAACCUGCCGCCGGGGACGGGGUUCGGCAGGGUGUCCGCCAGCGACCGGGACGCCGGCCUCAACGGCCGCCUCUCCUACCGCCUCCUGCACCCCGACAGAACCUUCCAGAUCAACUCUCAGACGGGUGAGAUCAGUACCAGGGUGGCUCUGAACAGGGAGCACCAGUCGGGGUACCAGCUGGUGGUGGUGGUGCAGGACGGGGGCACGCCCCCCCGCAGCGCCACGGGCACCGCCCACAUCACCGUGCUGGACGAGAACGACAACGCCCCCUCCUUCACCCGCAGAGAGCUGCUCAUGCAGGUCUUGGAGGGGCAGCCAGCCGGCUCUCUGCUGGGGACAGUGCAGGCCAAAGACCCAGACGAGGGGGAGAACGGCACCGUCUUCUACUCUCUGUCAGGCCCCAGGGCCGAGCUCUUCUCCCUGGACCCGGUCACAGGAGAGCUGCGCUCCUCCUCCCCUCUGCUCCUCUCAGAGAGAGCAGAGUACAGCUUCACUGUGAGCGCCACAGACCACGGCCUGCCUCCUCAGAGCUCCUCAACCAGCCUGCGCAUACAGGUGCUGAGCUCUAGCAGGACUACUCCCAAACCCAAUUCCAUGUCCAUGACAAUCAGCUCGGUGGAGGGUGCCAAACCGGGCUCCGUGAUUGGUUCCGUCGCAUCACAUGACAAGCAGCGGGCGCCCGAGGCGGGUCAGGUGACCUACGUGGUGGUGGGCGGGACGGACCGGGACGGGACGUUCAUGGUGGACCGGCUGACGGGGGACGUGUACCUGACCCGGGAGCUGGACUACGAGGAGGGCGCCCGCUACACCCUCCAGGUCGAGGUGGACGACUUCUCCAAGGCCUAUCCCAGCAGCCACCUGGUGCAGCUGGACAUCGAGGUGCAGGACAGCAACGACCACGCGCCCCAGUUCCCCGAGGACCCCGUCACCAUCGUGGUCCCCGAAAACAUGGAGCCCGGCUCCUCCGUCUACACCUUCCAGGCGGAGGACCGCGACGGGACGGGGCCCAACAGCGAGGUGCACUACUCCAUCCUUCACCGCUGGCCUGACACCCCCGACCUGCUCCUCCUGGACCCCGCCACGGGGGUGCUGACGCUGGGCGGGGCCCUGGACCACGAGGCCGCCUCCUCCCUCCUCCUGGUGGUGCAGGCCACGGACUCCGCCCCCGACCCCGCCCAGCGGCGUCGGGGCUCGGUGACGGCCCGCGUCUUCGUGACGGACGAGAACGACAACGCGCCCGUGUUCGGGUCGCCGGCCGCCGUCAGCGUGAUGGAGGACCAGCCGGCGGGCUUCGUGGUGCUCUACGUCAUGGCGCGGGACGCCGACCGCGGCGAGAACGGCCGCGUCUCCUACCGCAUCCGGGACGGGAACGCCGGCGGGAAGUUCAGCCUCAACCCCGACACCGGUUCUCUGUCCAUCCUCAAGCCUAUUGACCGCGAGGAGCAGGAGCUGUACAACCUCACCGUGGUCGCAGAGGAUCAUGGGACGCCGCAGCGCUCCGCCACCCAGCUGCUGUCGGUGCAGGUGAUCGACGUCAACGACGAGGCGCCGAGGUUCGAGCGGGCGGAGUUCGAGGCGGAAAUCCUCGAGAACCAGCCGCCCGGAACCCCGGUCCUGACCGUGUCCGCUUCCGAUUUCGACCAAGGGACCAAUGGCGUGGUGACCUACGGAGGUGUGGCAGAGACGGGCUUCGCCAUCGAUCCGGUGACAGGCGUAAUAUCGGCCACCCGAGCCCUGGACAGGGAGGUGCAGGACCGCUACACUAUCACAGUGUACGCCAAAGACGGCGGGCUGCCGCCGAAAUUCGCCAAGGCGAGCGUGAGGGUCGCGGUGCGGGACGAGAACGACAACGCCCCGGCCUUCGGGCGGCCGUACUACGCCCUGGAGGCGCCCGAGAACCUGGAGCCGGUGGAGCUGUUCACGCUGCGGGCCACCGACCUGGACGCGGGUUCGAGCGGAGAGGUGGAGUACAGGAUCACAGCUGGAGACCCGGCGGGUGAUUUCCGGCUGGAUAAGAGCUCGGGGGUGCUGUGGACCGCGCGGGCUCUGGACCGGGAGCGGAAGGCCCGGUACGCCCUGACGGUCGUGGCCCAGGACCGCGGCAGCCCCCCCCUCAGCGGCUCCGCCACCGUGGACGUGGCCGUCCUGGACGUCAACGACAACGGGCCGCGCUUCGACAGCGCCGGCUACGCGGCGGAGGUGCGUGAGGACGCCGCGGCGGGGUCUCUGGUGCUGCAGGCCUCGGCCGCGGACGAGGACGCGGGCUCCAACGGCGAGGUGCUGUACUUCCUGAGCGGCGAGGCGGGCGGCGCCUUCGCCGUCGACCCGGAGACGGGCCGCGUCACCACCGCCGCCGCGCUGGACCGCGAGAAGCGCGCCUCCUACAGCUUCCGCGUGUGCGCCACCGACCGCGCCCCCGCCGCGCCCCGCAACGCCAGCGCCCCCGUCACCGUCCACGUCCUGGACGUCAACGACAACGCGCCCUUCUUCGUCCAGGACCCGCUGGUCAUCAACGUGUCCAGCGGCGGCGGCGGCGGCGGCACGGGCCGGCAGGUGGUGGCCACCAUGAGGGCCGAGGACAAGGACUUCGGCGCCAACGGCUCGGUGUUCUACCGCUUCGCCAGCCCGGCGCGCGGCUUCGCCAUCAACUCGCUGACCGGCGACAUCCAGGUGAGCGAGCGGCACCUGGCCCUGUCCCAGAGCCAGCGCACGCUCAUCGUGGAGGCCAUGGACCAGGGCAGCCCCGCCCAGUCUUCGCUUGGGGUUGUGCUCGUCUACGUCAAGGAGCAGGAGUACCGGGGCAUCCGCUUCUCCCGAAACGCCCGGGACGUCAGCCUCCAGGAGAACGCCGCCAAAGGCACAGCAGUCGUGCAGACGCAGGCGCAGUACCCCGACGGCACCCGCAGCGGCAUCAACUACAGCAUCUUCAGCGGCAACAGACUGCAGUCCUUCCGCAUCAGCCCCACAACAGGUGAGAUCUGGGUACAGAGCUCGACUGGCCUGGAUUUUGAGGAAAACCCCAGACUCCGCCUAGUGGUGAAAGCCGAAACUGCGUCCUCCAGCUCCUACAUGGCCGUCAACCUGAUCCUGCAGGACGUCAACGACAACCUCCCCCGCUUCCAGCUGCAGAACUACGUGGCGUACAUCCGGGAGUCCCAGGGCUACGAUUUCCCCAUCAUUCAGGUCCUGGCAGAUGACCUCGACCAGGGUCAGAAUGGUCAGGUGACCUACUCCAUCAAAUCGUCCAGCAUGAGCGGCCUGUUCAGGAUCGACCCCCUGACCGGCAGCAUCAGCACGGCGGCCAUCAUGGACAGAGAGAUCUGGACACAGACAAAGCUGGUUGUCACGGCGACGGACCGGGGCAGCCCCAGACUUGCCGGCUCUGCCACGCUGACGGUGAUCAUCGUGGACCUCAACGACAACAGCCCCACGAUCCCGCUGCCGCGCGAGAUUCGCGUGCCGGAGAACACCCUGAUUGGCACAGAGAUCACCCAGGUGACGGGAAACGACGUGGACUCGGGCCCCGCCCUCUCCUACACCCUGCAGCUGGACGGCCACGCCCGGGGGAAGUUUGGGAUACACCGCUACGGCGGGGGCGUGUCCCUGACGGCCCCGCUGGACUUCGAGGAGAGGACCUGGUACACCCUCACCGUCCGGGCCUCCGACUCCAGGCACCAGAGCGAGGCCAACCUGACCGUGCUGGUGGAGGACGUCAACGACAACGCGCCCGUCUUCACCCAGGACCUGUACCAGGUAACGCUGCUGGAGCAUUCCCCGCCAGGCAGUCCGGUGAUCACGGUAACGGCCACGGACCGCGACUCGGGGGAGAACGGGAAGGUCACCUACAGAGUGAUGUCAUCAACGAGGGACGGCUUUCACAUUGACCCCAGCAACGGCACCCUGUUUUUCAACCGGAGGGUGGAGUUUGACCCCAAGCGGCCUGCCAUCACCGUGGUGAUCGAAGCCCGGGACGGCGGCACCCCGGCCCUGUCCUCCAUUGCUACCGUCCAGGUCCAGGUGUCCGACGUCAACGACAACGCCCCCCUCUUCCCCCAGUCGGAAUACUGGGCCACCGUGCCCGAGGACAGCCUCCCGGGGGCCACCGUACUGACCCUGGAGGCGGUGGACGGGGACCCGUCCCGCGAGAACUGCGGCUUCGACUUCGCCAUCGCCAGCGGCAACGCGGGCGACGCCUUCCAGAUCGAGAGCAGCGUGCGCUUCCUGGAGGGGCGGGGCUUCCAGACGGUGGGCACGCUGAUCCUGGCGCAGCGGCUGGACUUCGAGGCGGCGCGGCUCUACAACCUGACGGUGGUGGCGUCCGACCGCGGGGUCCCCCAGCGCAGCUCCAGCGUCUCGGCCGUCGUCGCCGUCGCCGACGCCGACGACAACCCGCCCGCCUUCGGCCGCGCCGAGUACGCGGUGGCGCUGAGCGAGGGCGCGGCCGCCGGCACCGAGAUCCUGCGCCUGACCGCCACCGACCCGGACUCCGCGCCCAACGCCGAGGUCCGCUACGCCAUCAGCUCCGGAGACGACACGGGGCUCUUCUCCGUGGACCCGGGCACGGGCGCCCUCCGGCUGCAGCGGGCCCUGGACCGCGAGGGACAGCCUCACCACACCGUCAUUGUGCAGGCCUCGGACGGGCGCGGCCACUACGCGCUGGCGCCCGUCACCGUGGAAGUCAAAGACGUCAAUGACAACAGGCCUUACUUCCCGCUGAAGACGCUUACCGCCAGCAUCCGCGAGAACCGGCCCGCCGACAGCCCCGUCACCGUGCUGCACGCCAUAGACCACGACGCGGGCGUGUACGGCCAGCUGCGCUACUACAUGGUGGACAAGGCAGGCGAAGGGAAGGAGUCCUUCCUCGUCAAUCAGACCUCGGGGGAGGUCCGAGCGCGCCGCACGUUCGACUUCGAGAAGGCCAGCUCCUUCAGCUUCGUGGCUCUGGCCGUGGACGCGGGCAACUACUCCGCCACGGUGACCGUGCAGGUUUACGUGACGGGCGAGGACGAGUACGACCCGGUCUUCGCCGCCUCCGAUUUGUCAUUGGAGGUGCCCGAGGGGGCCAGGAAAGGGCAGAGCAUCGGGCAGGUGCAGGCCAGCGACGAGGACGAGGGCGUGGACGGGAUCGUGCUGUACUCCCUGGCCGAGAGCUCGCCCUACUUCGAGGUGAACAGGACCACGGGCGUCGUCUCUCUGAAGGUGGACGGUUCCGGAAGGCACGGCGGCUCGGGACGCGCCAAGAGGGAGGCGCGGCAGAUGACCCUGGACGUGACGGCGCGGGGCCCUCUGGAGAGCUCUCGCUCGGCCACCGCGCGCCUCACCGUCGACGUCACCCGCACCUCCUUCGGCCUGGCGACCGACGUCAACAUCCUGCUCGUCAGCGGCGUAGCCGCGUCCCUCGGGGCCAUCGUCAUCCUGGCGGUCGUCGCGGUCGCCCUCUUCCUGGCCAGCUCCCGGCGGCGCAAGAAGGAGCGGGAGGCCCGAAACAGAGCGACCGCCCCGGGCACUGCCCUCCAGAAGCUGGAAGAGUCCAAAGUCACGGGGCCGAGCGACAGGAUCUACCACCAGGCCCUGCCCGGGUACGCCAGCGACCAGGCCGGGUCGGCCGUGGGACCCUACACCCGCGGGGGAUCCCUGGACCCCUCCCACUCCAGUGGGCGGGGCUCGGCGGACGCGGAGGCGGCAGAGGACGACGAGAUCCGGAUGAUCAACGAGUACCCCCGCGUGUCCAGCAUCUCCUCCUCCAUGCAGGAGCACAUCUCCGCCCGCGGGCCCGACUCGGGCAUCCAGCAGGACGCCGACCAGCUUUCGGACAUCUCCUGCGAGCCCGGCGUGGAGGCGGGGGGCCAGUGGUUCAAGGGGAAGAAGCUGGGGAGCCUCAGCGGGACCCUGCUCUCCGGCCAGCACCCCGUCUACCGGGACGAGGGCGGGGGGUACCUGGGCGUGGGCCGGGGCCUGAGCAUCUCCCAUCCCAAGGACUACGCCUUUCCCGAGGACGGCAAGCCGGCGGUGGACGGCUCGCUGACCGCCAUCGUGGCCAGCGACGAGGAGCUGCGCGGCAGCUACAACUGGGACUACCUGCUCAACUGGUGCCCGCAGUUCCAGCCGCUGGCCAACGUCUUCACCGAGAUCGCCCGGCUCAAGGACGAGAACGCUCCGCCCGGUAACCCCCGGCGACCGUUCCAGCCCAAGGCCAAGGCCGACCCCAAGCCCCGGAUCGACCCGCCCCCGCUCAUCACCUCCGUGGCCCACCCGGGGGCCAAGUCCGUGCCCCCCAAACCCGCCGUCGGGAGGACGUUCCCCCACCUGGCGUCCCUGCGACGGUCGCCCAUCAGCCACGAGGGCUCCAUCUCCUCGGCGGCCAUGUCGCCCAGCUUCUCGCCGUCCCUCUCGCCGCUGGCCACCCGCUCCCCCGCCGUCUCCCCCUUCGGCGUCACCCAGGGCCCCUCGGCCCACAUGAUCAGCACCACCGAGCACUCCCUGGAGCACAGCGAGGAGGCCGAGCUCAGGAUUUAAACCCCGCCCUCGCGCCCUGUUUUUGCGAGGUACUGCCCCUCCUUCCCAAGGACGCAAAAGGGCAUUGGUGGUAAAAUGAGCCGGAGUGGCACAAACAUUCCUUGCCCCCCCACCCCCACCUGCCUGACACAGGCUCCUAGACUAAGACUCCGCAGGGGAUUUAACUCAAGCUGCUGAGCUGUAAAACACUCAUCGCAGUAUUAGACGCGUGUGGAUAACCGCGUCACGUGGUGUUGUCUCACUGGCUGGCCAGCGAGCCGAGGGUCCGCUGUUCUUCUGGCUGACCUUUGGAGGCUCUUGAACUUCUCAGUGUUAAAUUUAGGCCAAAAUGGCUGCUGUUGCCUUUUUUUAUUUUGUUAUUGUUGCCGUGCGUCUGAGAGUCCUCUCACAAAUACCUAUCAGUGUUUUGAAGACUUAAAAAAAAAGAACUAUUUGCACAUUUGUAAGGGGAGCCAAGACAGAUGUCAAAAGUGUUACAAAAGAAAACACUUUUUUUGGUUUAUAUAUUUUUAUACCAACAUUUGUUUUAUGACUAGAAAGUCGCAUAUGUCAAGCGGUUGCCAUUGCAGUAGUUUAUGUAUGCAUAUAUGUAUAUUUGUGUGUAUGCAAUGGUGUGUAUGUUAUUAUGUUUGUUUUAGAUUUUAGGAUUAUUAAGAGCGUUUGUGGAAUCAGCAGAUUCUUGGCAUCUGUGAUGUGUGAGUGGAGAACAUUUGUGUUUUGAUAAGUAUUUAUAAAAAAAAGGAGAAAAAUGCUCGCUAGAAGAACAGAUAUACUAAUUCAGUUUUCACAAUCGAGUAGUGUUUCUUUGAUAUUUUCUUGUGGACUUGGAGAUCUUUCAAGAUGUCAGCACGGCUAUGUGAAAGGCUGUGUGGAUGAAGAGAACUAGUUCCUUGUUUCUGUAAGAAAACAGUGCAGAAGAGUCACCCCUCAGAAUGAGAACUGUCCGUGCUUUAGAACUGGGGGGGAAAGAACAGCAGGAAACAUCGCUUUCGAAAAACAACAACAAAAAAAAGAAAACUCUUUAAAACAUCUUCGGAAACCUCAACCUGCGCCCCCUCCGGGUGACCUCAGCAGGGAAUGAGGAAGCUGCUCGUUCUUCGACAAAGAGUUUCUCUCUCGAAGUGACCGUCUGCGGCCCAAGAGGCUCAUAAUCAAGUCAUUCUACAGUUGGCUGUCACCGAGGCGGGGGAGGGAGGGUUUCAGCCGGAUAACUCUAUUGUGUGUUGGGGGCAUUGGUGGAUUUGUUCAGUCGGUCCUGGCAGUGCUGCCUGCAUCGACAUGCUACUUGGACGCGUGUUCUCGACUCCGAUUGCUCCAAACGAGGCAGACUCCAGAGGCAGCCAAUAACGGCACACUUGAUUGCCCACCAUUGAUGUGUGUGCCUAAUUAACGACGAUCAGAUAUCGGCUUGUUUUUCGACAGACCGCUCGACUGCCCCCGCGCCGCUACCGUUUUAGCCUCGGGACGGGAAGCGGGCCGUCCAGGAGGCACCAGGGGAACCUGAUAAGUCCAUUUGGACAACCCGUGUGCCAUGCUUGUGUGAACACAGAGGGGGGAAGACAUCAUCCAGUCUGGAGCCGUUCCAAAUUAAGCCAUCCUCCUGUUUCGAAGCACUUAAAAGUGCUUUGUGCAGACAUUUGAGGUAAAAAAAAGAAAAGAAAUUCUGGUCAUGUCUGUUUCUUGGCAACCUGGUCCUCUCUUGUUUCUGGGUUUAAAAUCUGGAGUGAGAAUGAUAAAAAGCAAGGCCUUUGUAAAUACCUGCCUUUCCACGAUGACAUAAAAGGCCUGAAUGGAACGUGUGCGUCGUUAAAAAGCAAUCGUUGGAACAGUUUUUCUUCGUUCUCAGCUCAGCACAGACACGCUGGAUAGAAAACAGAGACAGGUACAAAAACAGCCUUUGUCCGGGCAAACUUUGAAGGUUAACCAAAACCACUUCAUUCACAGAGCUGUAAUGGUUGACGGCAGCUAAUUUAAAAAAAAAAAAGAAAAGAAAAGAAAAAGGAAGAAGCAAAGCAUCAGAAGCAUGCUUCAAAAGCGAAAUGACUAUGCUAGAACAGAAACAACACAGAUAUGUGUUAUGUAUAUAAACUGGAAGAGAUAAAAUAAAAAAAACUCUUGUUUUUUUCCUUGUGGUGUCAAGGUGACCCAUACUAUCAAAAUGUAAAUAACCUUUUUUUCCACGUACUUUUUCCAAGUAUCACUGAGCUGAAACGUUCUGGAAGACACUCAAACAUUUGAGUAUAUAAUCUUAAUUGGACAGGGGGAAGACUUAUAAGAAUGUAUAUAAUGUUGACGUAGCUCAGUAAUUGAAGGGCGUCUCUCCUUCAUGUGGACGACAGGUGUGUUUACAUAGCUGCAACGGAUUCCUGCCGCGUUCCUCAGCGAGAGCCGACUUAAGCAAUAAGAUUCUUCCAUUCCACAGGAACCCGGAGAAAAAAUUUAAAAACGAAGCUUUUGGCAAACGGCAAGAGACUGAAGCAAGGGGGAACUGGACUGAACUGAUGCAGAAUAAAGAACAAGAAAAUGCAAUAAAAUUUGGAGAAAAAAAAUUGAAUUGGAUAAUAUCACCUUCUCUUUGCUUUUUGUUUUAGCACCCAAAAAAAAAAAGUUCUGGGGUUGUUAAACUUUUGUAGCCAUGUUUUUUCACUACGGAGGCUGCAAGUUGUGAAAUCUCCAGCACUGACUCUUAACUGGUACGCAGUAACUGUUGCUGUAUUAUAAUGAGUGCAUUUUUUUGUUUUCUGUCACUAGACAAAAGAAAAAAGUAUUGAUGUUUUGCCUUAACAGUGUUGUUGUGAACUAGCAGUAUUCUAGAACUGUGUGGUAACAAUAGCAAACUUAAAAGCCUGUAUUAAGGGGACUGGAACGCAAGACAAAGCACCACAGUGUUCAGCCAUCUUGGUAUUUAAGCUACGUUCUCUCAUCUGCCUGAGUCGCUUCUCAGUUAGUCUACCUCCAGUUGAGCAGCCAAGACCCCCCCCCCCCCCCAAACCAGUUGUGUAUAUAUAUAUAUAUAUAUAUAUACCAUGGCCCCUCUCUGCAUCCCACAACUGUUCUGUCCAGGUGUAAACCAAACUGCAAGCCUUUGUAAACGAGUAGUGUAAAUAUAUCCUGUAUACUGUAACUAAACCACUGUUGCUGUCCAGCCAGGUUUCUCUGGUUAAUGGUUGUAUAAUGACAUGCCCAUCUCCUGCAUUGCAUUCUGGGUAGUGGCACUUGAAUCAUGGGAUACCCAGGGUUCCUAUUGUACCGCAUUUGUCCGUUUACGUUAAUUUUACUCAGAUUCCACUAGCUUCUUCGUUUGUGCUCUGCUUCCACUUGGUGUAACCCUCACGUUCAGCAAAACCGAACGGUUUCUGGCUGCCUCUGCAGAAGACCCCAGUGUAAGAUUGUAUUUUUUGCUUAUCUGAGUGAUUGCCAUGGAAGAAGUCUGGAAAUUCCAUUUCACUAGGAUUUGUCAGUGAGACGGCCAUUUUGGUUUUUUUUGACGGUUUUAGGGUCUAAGGUUUCAUUUCUAAUUGUUAACAUGUUAGCAGAAAAAAAAACAAAAAAAAAACAACUGACCUGUAUUAGAUCACAGAGAAGUGCGGGGAAAAACACAAUUAGGAGUUGGACAUCUCUCAGUCCUUUCAAAUCUGUCAAACCGCAUGGAAACAGUCCAAGAAAGUUUUCAGAAACAAUGAGUAGGGUUGUACUGUCUUGCUGGCGUGGGAUAUGCUGAAUGCUGGACUAAUUAUGGCCACAAAUAAGUGUCAUAUUCUGCUCAAAAUCCACAGUCAGGCACAAUUAUUGGGUCCCCCCCCAAGAGGCUGCACAGAGCGCGUCUCCAAUUUCACAGUAAAUCGUCGGCUGAUUACAACCUUAAAAUAACGUUACAGAUUGUUUCUGUCCAAACACCGCGAGACUUCUUGUAACCUCGACAGCAAAUUGACCAUCCAGGUAUUUAAGCUCAAUCAAAAGAAGCGGUUUUAAAAUUAUUUUAAAUUGAAACAGGGAGUCCUCAUUUGCUGCAGAACCCAUUGUUUUGUUUUCAAAAUGGCAGAGAGUUUAGAGUUUAGCCUGUGGGAUCUGGGAAUAAACUGCAUCUAUUCAGAUUCCGUAAACGUACAAUUUAAAGGAUCUCUAUUACUGUUAGUUUUUAUAAAAUUUAUUUAUUUUUGUUUCCGUAUCAGGUUUUUAUAAGAGCGAAAGCAUAAGAAAAGUUAAUUCCCAGAAAUACACGGAGCCCCAGUGGGCUUAAAGACAAACAGUGGCAGAUAAAUUUGUAUUCUUCCAAGUGCCUGAAAAUACGAACACUCUCUCUCUCUCUCUCUCUCUCUUUCUCUCCCUCUUUCUCUCUCAUUCACACACACACACACACACACACACCACACACACAGAACUGAAUUCCCAAGAUUACACUAUGAAAGCUGUUCUAUUACAUCACUUUGAAUAGAUAAUUGUUUGGUUAUUCUGCCACAAAUGAUAUCAAUAUCCAUAUAGUUUACAAAUGUGUUGAAUCAGCAUGUUAUGAAAUGGAGUAGAAAAUGUUUUUUUGUUUGUGGCUGGAUCGCAACAGCGGGGCCAGCCCUACAAACGCGAAUGUCUGUGAGUGACUGACUGACUUAGUGAUGAAGUUACACCAUUGGUCGGCCGAGUUACGAAGUUACACCAUUGGUUGGCCGGAUCACAUGUGUUAGGUCCAGCCAUAUACUAGGUUUUAACCUGGUCUUGUUUUCUUCCUGUGUGCACUGGGUCUCAAAUCUCUGUACUUCUUAACUCAUAAACACCUUUGUAUACAAGCCCCAUUUAAAAAAAAUACAAAUGAAGGCGGGGGGAUAUAUUAUUCUGUUAUGGAUAUGCACCUGCGUUCUUUUUUUUUCCUUUUUUACACAUAAACCCACAAAGACCCCCCCCCCUCUCCAAUCAGGCCUUCUCUGGCCCAUCUUAUCUUCCUCAUUGAAAAUGAUGGAAAAACUAAACUUCCCAGGAAUUCGGAAUAUUGGGGAGGAAGGAAUGGUAUCCAAAUCUAAGGAAUUACCAUGUUGUCAAGGUUGUGAAACUUCUCAGUGAAUGGGGGGGGGGGAGAAAAAAAAAAUCCAAAUGAAGUGCAGAUGUGGGUCCAGAAGAAUAAUGGGAUGGAGCGGUAUAAAUUUAACAUUCGUGAGGAAUGCUACUCCGUUUCAUAAAUCCCUGUGGUUUGCUGGCUUGAAUGAUUCUAGCUCGCAAUGUUUUAUAUACAAUCACAGUAGCAAAAAGCCACAUAACUUAAACUUAAGGAGCAAUUUAUUCUGUUUUAGGAAAAAUAAGUGGAGAUUUGUUUUAAGCCAUUUGCAAGCAUAGCAGUGGGGGGGGGGGCAUCGAGCAUUUGUCUUCCUUACCUACUCUGCCCCCCCAGGGACCCAGAGCGCGGGAAGUGGCCGUUUCUUCCAAGCUGUCAGUCUCUCAUCGUGUAUAUGUGAUACACAAUCUUUUUUUUUUUUUUCAGCAUGGGCCUUGUAAUUGUUUGAGUGAGUGGGACACACAGUCCCAGUCAGGACUACCAUAGAGCACAAGGGAGCGGAACACAGGAACUGUUCCUGCCUAUACUUUAGCAGUAAUAAGCCCCCAGCCCCCCCCAAAAAAGGAAAGAACUUUACAAUUCGGGGUCCCACCGUACAAAUUUGUCACUGUAUGCAAAACUCCAGUCCUGGAGGUUUGCUCUGCAUGCUGGUUUUUGUUCCAAACAAUUAUCUUAGUUUUAGUUUUCUGACAGCUCUGUAAACUAUGCUGGUUCACUCCUCUACUUGAGCAGUAACAUUUUUAGAAUACACAUGCUGUGGCUGUAGCCUCAGACUGCAUGCAGGUUAAGUACCUUGCUCAAGGGUACAACGGCAGUUGUCCUACCCAGGAAUUGAACCUAUGACCUUUCGGUGAGAAGCCCAGUUGCUUAUCCAUCAUGCUACACUGCCUCCCUGCUAAGACUCGACCUCAAAUAUUCUGAGCCUCCGAUUUUAGGGUCCUGUUGGACGGGUGCCUCAUCCCCAGCUCGGACUGUGACCCCACAAGGCCAGUUCAUUUGCAGAGCAGCAGGGCUGACCUUACAGUAAACGCACACCUAGGCAAAUCAAAUUUUAAAAAAGCGGUUUAGACUCAACGUCGAGCUGCUCUGUAUGCGUGACCUCUUGCUGAAACCCUCGCAGCCCCCUCGCGAGCUUUAUUUGUACAAAUUGAGGCCACAUGCUGGAGACAGAAUAAAGAAAGUGUUUUUUUUAGUUUUUUUUUUUAGUUACUCCAAAUAUCUCUUUAUCGAGAGGGAACAUCAGAAUGACGUAGGACGAGGCUCCGUUGCCGGUGUCUACGAGGUCCUCGUGUGUUUGCGUUUACGUCAUCAUGCGCGGCACCAACGGACUGCAUCGCCUGGCCUUGCGUGCUCAAACGCGCGGGGGCUGAGACAGAGCCGGGAGGCGUGUGUGUGUGUGUGUGUGUGUGUGUGUGAGUGUGUGAGUGUGUGAGUGUGCGUGCGUGCGAGUGUGUGUGUGUGUGUGUGCGUGUGUGUGUGUGCGCGUGCGUGUGUGUGUGUGUGUGUGUGUGUGCGUGUGUGUGUGCGUGCGUGUGUGUGUGUGUGUGUGUGUGUGCGUGCGUGUGCGUGCGUGCGUGUGUGUGUGUGUGUGUAUGCAUCUGCUGCAGUGGCAUUCGGGGCUCUCACGCCGGAGGGGCGGAGUCUGUGUGGGCGUGGCUUAUAUGGGGGGAAAACAAAGAUGUGCAAAAGGAAGGGGGGUCUUACGGAGCGCGUGCAUAAAGUCGGUAUUUAAAAUGAGGCUUGGAUACAUCGGUAUAUAAAACGAGGCCGCGAGAUCUGAGGUCUGCUUCUGAAGGCACGUCCCACCCCUUUAAAAAAAAGCGUUAACUUGUAAGGUGCUCAAAAGGUUCCAACGGCAACAGUCAUCUCAUCAAACGCACAGCACUCUGGGAUUCUGGCUUCGGAAGUCAUCGGGAAGGCCAUGUCCUCAAGACCCAGGCUGAAAAUUCCCAUUCCCAUUUUUUCCCAGUAUCCAGAUUUAUGCAGAACAUUAACAGAAUUUAUUCAUAAUCCGUUUGAUCAGGUUGUGUUCCCUAUGUAAAUAUCCUUAUGUCUUAUAUUAUUACAAGCAUGUGGACAGAAAGGUCGAACGGGGAGAGAACAGAGGUACAGUGCCCCCCCCCCCUCCUUCUCGAAAGCGGUCCCGCCCUGCGAAAUAGGGACUCGUUCCUGUGAGUUCUCCCAAACCUAUGCUCGUUGGGCUGUAACCCAACCCCACUUCGCCCUCAGUAAUCACGCACCCCGUCCCACUUGGGCAGAGCCCUCAUCAUGAGACGGUUUCAGACCAGGGGGGGCGCAAGGGUGACCAAAAACUGGACGCAGCCAGAAACCCUCGUAAAGGAGGAGGUAUUGAACCUGCCGCUGUAACAUGCACUAGAGUUAGCUGGCCAGUGCACACAGCAUAGAUGAUAGCUAUCCCAGGUGCCUUUGCGAGGGUUGAUCACCUCUGUAGAUUAUAGCAUUUGAAUUUCAACUUGUGUCGUGAGCGAACUGAAUAAAUCGUAUCGUUUCACCUGAACCAGAAGAGCUCUGCAAGCUGAGUUUAUAUCUAUGGAAAGUGCAGUCAUAAUGGAUAGCAGUUUUUUUUUUACAGUGCCUUUUUUGCUUUUUCAAAUGCGGUGUUAUUUUCAUCUCUGUUGUAUCCCUGGAUGUCUAGAUGGUGGAGAGCCCUCAAUCCACAGUGACCCAACUCUCUCAGUCCUGGUCAAAGCCUCACAAGGAACGUUUUCAUUAAACUGGGGAAUAUGUUGUCGACAAGUGGUGAAGGAAACCUGUUAUUUAUAUUUCAUGUGCUGUAAAAAAAAAAAAAAGAAAGAAAAAAAGUUCUAGUUCUUGUUUUCCUAUGUAUUCUUGAAGUUGCAUGUGUUCUCGCAGAUUUGUUCUGUUGCUGUACAUUUUCCAGCUGGCCUUCCUUUGAUAGGCUCCAUUCCCCCAGGAUUUAUACUUGAGCAGAGAAGUGCCAAUGUCUGUUUUUGGUGCCAUUGUUUUUGAUAACAGAUGCCUUAAUAAACUUCAUUGAAAUAUUUGUUUAAAAACA